AUGUACGGAGCCGAAGACGAGCUGUCCUUAGCGGUCGAUGCGUUCCUUACAGAUGCCAUGGGUCGUAAACAGACACAAGCACAAGCACAAGCACAAGCACCCCGAGAGGGCUCUACAGCUACUGCAGCCUCGCAAGCCUCACAGGGUGACAAGUCGUUUGAGUGCACUCACCCAGGUUGCACCAAACGGUUCACUCGCGCAGAGCACUUGCAACGGCAUGCGCUCAAUCAUCAACCUAGAGGCUCUGCGUGUGACAUAUGUCGCGCCCACUUCAAACGGCCCGAUCUAUUGAGUGAGUGCACUGAUAGUCUGGACAACGCAGUUUCUGACAUUUCGCAAGGACGACAUAUGGAAAGACAUCGUCAGAAGGAUAUUGAGGCUGGAGGAACCGGCUUUGGCAUUCUUGAUACACGGAAGAGGGCUUGGGAGGCACCCGACGGAUCGGUCGUUGAAAAACGGCCGUGUCGAAGCGCACAGGCCCGAAAUAACCAAGCUGUGGAAAAGAACACCCUUGAAGCGCAACAGGAACCAUCACCAGAAUCUGAACAAGCAGAUAAUCACAACAACCAAUCUCCUGGGUUAACGGCUUGGAGUCACGAAGACAGUCAGCGAUUAAAUACAGCUGAUUUGCACAACGCGACUGAUUUCAAUCUUGGGGGUUCUCUCUUUGUUAACCCAACCACCAAGUUGGGACCAGAACACCAAUCCGGGUUUCCCUCAACGGACCAAUUCGAUCACACCGCCGGGAUCGAAGACUUCUGUCUUGAUCAACUGGACCCUCUGCUGCUCAACGAUUCCUUUGUCGAUCCAGCUACGUUCGACUACACCCAGAGCUUCCAGCCAGACACAGCCAGCUCGUUUAAUAUGCCAUAUACGACUGCGUUGGACUACAGCUGGCUUUUUAACGUGAACUUGAAACCAACAUCUCUUGCAAAGGACCAACAACAGAAUAUCCAGACCCAACAGAUGUCCGAGUCUCUCCAAAUACUAUCCCCAGAGUCCAUCAACAGUUCCCGUCGCUGGUCAGAGUCAGGGCACUCUCACACCAGUGAAUCAAGACCCGAUAUCCCCGAUCCUCGCACCGCAGUAUUGAACCAAACCAAGGCUAUUUCUGAUACACCCACCAGUGUCAAGUCAAAGCCUAGAAUGCUGACGCAACAGAGAAAUGUAAGGGCUCCUCGGCCCAAUACUGUACGCGAGAAUUUACAUGUCGAGCAACCCGAGUUCAACAGGCCCUUCUCUAUGUUGGAUAAAGGCCCACCAGUGCCUAGGAUUGAGGAACACGUUCGCAAACGAAUCUUGCAAGUCAUCGAAACCGCCAACCCAUCUUUACCUGAACCUCGCCAAUCACCUUUCGAUGAACCACUCCUGUCGAGGGACGCUUUGCAGAGCUACCUCGAGUUAUUCUUCUUCCGGUUCAACACCGCCUAUCCCUUGAUGCACCUUGCAACAUUCGACAUCAAUAAAGUCGAGCCGCUGCUACUUAUUUCCGUCCUCUUACUCGGAGCCACCUACUCAACUAAGGAUGCACACCAGCUGGCUGUCUGCAUCCACGAUGUCAUCCGCCCCAGUAUCUUUGCUCAUGCAAGCUUCUCGGCGCGCGCAGAGCUAUGGACACUGCAGACUAUUCUCCUGGUGGAGUGUUUCGGCAAAUCUCGAGCCGGACAGAAGCAACACGAUAUGAGUCAUCUGUUCCAUGGACUUCUCAUCAAUCUCAUCCGACGGUCUGACUGUCAAUCGGUUCGCCCCCAGGGACCUCCUGUCGAUCGAACAGGUAGUACAGAAGGUGCCAUGCGAGACCUCUGGCGACGAUGGGCUAUUGCAGAACAGAAGAAACGCCUUGCUCUUCUGUGCUUCAUGUGGGAUACACAGCAUGCAGUCCUCUUUUGCCAAAGUCUUUGCAUGUCUGCGUUCGAACUUCGUCUAGAACUUCCCUGUAACCAAAGGAUCUGGGAAGCUCCUGAUCCGACUUCCUGGGCUAUGGCAUGGCGGUUGUCGCCCUGUAAUCCCCAACACAACUUCUUCCUACCUAGUCUAAAGUCAUACCUUGGCCCAUCAACACCUCGCCCACAAGCACUGACUGGACUAUCACAUGUACUUAUGCUCCAUGGUCUUAUGUCGAUAGCAUGGGACAUGCAACGUCGCGACCAGACAGCACUCGGUGUAACCGAGGGUGAUGCGCCGACUGCGAAAUGGCGACAAAUUAUCGGCAACGCGUAUGAAGCCUGGAAGGGAGACUUUGAUGCCUACAUAGCUUCCGUAAUCUCCCAGCUACAGAACACGCCCGCUGAUCAAGCCCGACGCAGCGAAUACGUGGCAUUUGCGACUGCCUACAACGCCUUGUUCCACUCUGCACAAGCACUCCUUCAUAUGGAAUUCUUGGAUGUUCAGAUCUACGCUGGAGCUCGUCACAUAUUAGGGCGACCAGUACAGCAGAAGGAUUACCGCCGAUCUGCAAAGGCUAUAAAGCAGUGGGCUUCUGCGGCUACGGAGCGUCAAAGUAAAGAACUAGGUUCAAAACCCGAGCAAUCUCCAGCCCCCAUUGCUGCAUGGCACGCCGCUCGUUUACUACACGAAAACACCAAGGUUCUCACUCGCUCAGAUGCCAUGCAACUGUUCCAUGUGCCAUGGUGUCUCUACCUAGCAACCCUAGCCUGUUGGGCAUUCCGACAUGCUCAGCCGAGCAAAGGCGGGACGACCGAUAAUGACGAUAAUGACGAUGAAAGUGGAGACGAAGGAGACGAGAUCAUCUGGGAUCCACAAGGAGAGAUGGAAAGUCUUGUAUCAAGAAUGGCACAGAACGUACCGCAGGAUAUUACUGUGAAGACAGGCCAGCUUCGUCAAACGGUUGGUCUGGUCUGGACUAUGGCAGAGACUUUGAGCAAGGUUAGAUGGGGAAUCUUACAUGCUGGAGUUGUUGUGCUACGAGGAUUAAUUCCACAACGGCUCAUCAACCAGUAUGAUGAGCCUCAUGAUGACAACUUUUAA